UGUCGUCGUACUAUAUAGUACAAUAACCGUGGCAACCAACCAGAAAUGUUGUCAAGCAUAUCCGACCGCAAGUUAAAUUUUGAGGCACUUGAUUGAUGGUAGUGCUAUGCGAAGGUCAUCACCCUCGUUCUGCCAAGAUAACUUGGUUACAUUUGUUCAAUUACGACAUAGGGGAUAGUCGGCCUACUAUUUUCGCUGUUCGACAAAAGUUCAAUUAGUAGCAGGAUCGCAACAAGCCAAAUUUUGAUUCCAAGUCCUGCAGCUCCUUUUGUUUCUCCACACCAGUAACAGUAGCAGUAUCAGCAGUACCUGUACAAAUGCAUCAAACAAGACCCUGUAAAGUUUGUCGACUUCGUAGACGCAAAUGCAUAUGGGGAAAGAAUGCAAAUAUAUGCAAUCGAUGCUCGAAACUCUCAAUUGAAUGCAUUCCAUCCGACGAUAAAGGAGCUCAUGAACACGAAGAACCAAUAGCACAAGAUGGCGAUGAAGAAGUCGAAGGCUGGUUGAAUGACGUACAUCAACUUGAUCGCGAACUGCAAAAGAUUGAAGCAUUGGCAAGUGGCGGUCAUCGAGGUUACUUGACAACAGAUCGUAAUAACGAGCAGCAAUGGCAGCUCAGCAUCGUUGACGGACAUCUUCGCCUUGAGACGGCCAUCCAGUCGCUUGACGAGAUGCUCUUGUAUACACAAGCAUCGCUUCGAUAUCUCUCUCCGUUUAAAGGUUUAUUCAACAAAAAUGCUCCAGUACACUUUGAUAGUACAUCAAUCAGUAUUCCACUCGCUUCCGGCAUCUUUAUCCAACGUAAUGCAUUACAAAAAUCACGGAAAUUGGGUUUUGCCGAAACGUACUACAUCAUUGAUGACAACAGCAACAGCAGCAGCAGCAGCAGCAACGCCGGCAGCCCCAAAAGUGAUACAAUCGCCACUACUACUACUUUUACUGCAACUAUCAGCAGUCCUAGUGGAUGCAUACAACCCUUGUUUGAUUAUCGAUCCGCUAUCGAAUAUCUCGUUCCACUCUAUUUGGAGAACAAGAUCCCUUACUCUGGGCUAUUACAUGUGCCAACAUUCCUCGAAUACUAUCACAACCUGAAAGAUCCGUUAUCCAGUCCUAUCACUCUUGCAAUAUGCAUAGAUGCCCUCAUCUCACUUCACCAAAUCAUCCGUUACUCGCCCGCCGAACGACGCUUGCUCUCCGAAACCUUUUAUUGCAAAUGCAAAAGUAUGCUUUUCGACAUGUACGACGAUCCGUUACGAAAUUUGGAAAUUUUGAUCACAACGAGUUUCCUACAGAAUUAUUUGAUGGACGUACUGCUCAAUUAUGUUGAAGCGCGACGGCUGGUCACUGUUGCGCUACUCUCGUGUGCGGAUCUUACGACGCAAUACAACAAACUGACACCAGUCGAACGUGUUCUAUAUCAACGUCAUCGUUUAAUCUUGGAAAUGUGCAAUCGAACGUUCGAUAUCUAUUUUGAGUCCAAAAUGGAUUAUAGAGAUAACGGCGACUGUAACGUGGAGUUGGAGACAUUAGACGAUGAGCCAGAAAAGACCAAAGAAUUCGUAAAGUUGUACAAUCAUAUUCUGCGCUUUGUAUCUUUCCCGCUUGUUUCAAUUAUUUUGGGCCAAAUCAAUCGUAUCUUUUAUGGCGAGCCUUGCGAGCUUUAUCUAGAAGACAUAUUACAAUACAAGCCGGCAGUUCUCGAGUGGUGGAAUAGCUUACCGUCUGAACUCCGUCUCUGUGGAGAUCCUUUCGAUCCAACGGCCUACAAGCUCGUGGAACGAAAAGUGCCGCCUACCCGCCUUCUUCCAUUUAUUACCGUACACAUGUUAACUGGCGUGAUCUCAGCCUCAUUACUUCAUCCGCGGUUCACACACUCUUCGGGGAACCCUAUCACAGUCGAUGUAUUGCAGUCUGUUCGAAAUGAACUGGCAGCGCUCACUGCGAACUCCAAUAAAGUGAUGGUGUAUGCUUUGAAAGGAAACUGGUUACAAAAUAGGCCAGAUUCUUCUCCAUCAUAUGGUAUGUACUAGUCUGUUUCUGUAUAAUUGCGCAAAUCCUUUACGGCCUCGACAAGUUGGCAAGCUGUGCAGAUGUCAAGUUUCCGGUGGAACUAUUGGGCAUGUUCAAGAAAACCUUCAAUACCAAAGUAAGGCCGCUUUUCCCACCUGGCCAUGAAGUCCCAUCCUCCUCCUCACUUUUGGAGUCCUACUUGAAAAACUUGAAAGAAUCGCCAUUACAAGUCUAUGAACAAUAUCCGUUUCCAGGAUAUGCUCUCCUUUCCGAUAUAUUCCUUACAUCCCUCAGUCGAUUGGAUCAAAACAUGACAAUAGCUUAAAAUACAAAGAGCAAUUUAAUUUUUUAUUCUAGGUAUUUUAACA